AAGAUUUUCUGAUUUACACACAACGCCAACUUCCCUAUACAGACCAAACCAUGUGUGAGUUAUCAUCAUCUACCUCCACUUUGGGUGAAAGCAAUGAGGGUCAUCCACACACGCACACGACCAAAAUUCAGGAGCCAGACAUGUUAGCCCUUUUGAUCCCCAAACCCCCAACAACAUUCCAACAAGCCCAAAAAACCCAUCAAAACACCCAUUUUUCCCUGGCUUUCAACGAAGCCAAAUGCAUAGCAAGCACAGCAUUACCCAUGGUGCUCACGGGUUUAUUACUCUACUCUCGCUCCGUCAUCUCUAUGUUGUUCCUCGGUCGUGCUGGUGAGCUUGCCUUAGCUGGUGGUUCUCUCGCCAUUGGAUUCGCCAACAUCACUGGUUACUCUAUUCUCUCCGGCCUCGCCAUGGGGAUGGAACCCAUCUGCGGCCAGGCUUUUGGGGCCAAACGUUUCAAACUUUUGGGCUUUGCCAUGCAGAGGACCAUUGUUCUUCUUCUUUUAACUUCCAUUUUUAUAUCAUUCUUCUGGCUCAACAUGAAGAAGAUACUGCUCCUCUGUGGCCAACAAGAAGACAUCGCCACCCAAGCUCAAUCCUUCAUACUCUAUUCUCUUCCCGAUCUCGUCGCACAAUCAUUGCUACACCCUCUGCGAAUCUACUUGCGAAGUCAAUCCAUAACCCUCCCUCUCACAUACACUGCCUCUCUCUCUAUUCUCCUUCACGUUCCCAUCAACUACCUCCUCGUCUCCGUGUUCAAACUUGGAAUCAAAGGCAUCGCUUUAGGUGCCGUUUGGACCAAUUUCAACCUUGUCUUUUCGCUGAUUCUCUACAUCUGGGUAUCCCAAAUAUACAAGAAAACAUGGACUCCUAUUUCCUUGAAGGGCAUCUUCUGCGGUUGGAAGGCGCUUUUGGAUUUGGCAAUCCCGAGUUGCAUUUCGGUUUGCCUGGAAUGGUGGUGGUACGAAAUCAUGAUUUUACUGUGCGGGUUAUUGAUCAAUCCCCAAGCAACCGUUGCAUCGAUGGGGGUUCUGAUUCAAACCACCGCAUUGAUAUACAUUUUCCCUUCUUCUCUGAGCUUUGCUGUUUCAACACGUGUUGGGAACGAAGUGGGUGCGGAGAAUCCUAAAAGGGCCAAACUCGCAGCACUCGUGGGGCUUUCUUUCAGUUAUGUUUUGGGAUUGUCGGCCUUGUUUUUUGCUGUUUCGGUGAGGCACGUGUGGGCAUCCAUGUUCACACGUGACAAGGAGAUCAUUGCUUUGACGUCGAUGGUGUUGCCCAUCAUUGGUCUCUGCGAGCUUGGGAACUGUCCGCAAACAACGAUUUGCGGCGUCCUGAGAGGAACCGCGAGACCGAAAUUGGGAGCGAAUAUAAAUUUGGGUUGCUUUUAUAUUGUGGGAAUGCCCGUUGCGGUGUGGUUGGGUUUCUUCGCGGGCUUUGAUUUCAAAGGCUUGUGGCUGGGUUUGUUGGCCGCCCAAGCUUCGUGCAUGAUCACCAUGUUGUUCGUGUUGGCUCGCACCAACUGGGAGGGUCAGGUCGAAAGAGCCAAACAACUCACAUCGUCUGAUGCUACUGAGGAGGAACACGAACAGCAAGAGCAAUCCUCAACAGAGGAAUGCUUUGAUUCAAAUGUUUGAUCAAUCAUCACAAUGACACUACGAGGAUUCUUUAAUAUUUUGCAUUCAAUAUUUAUUACACGGACGGAUUCUUUUUAGAUUCUGCUAAUUUUCAUGUACAUUUCGGAGUAGAGGCAGAGCAUAAACGCAUGCACUCGUAGAACGGACAAAAACAUAGGAAUGUGUUUUGUUUUUGCUUUUUCUCAUUAAUAUUAAUCACCGGAUUGUCGA